AUGGUCUUUGUGUCCCGCCCGCCGCGCCCAACGUUCACGCCGGCCCAGGUCACAGGGUUCUUUUUCCAACCGUGCCGCGACGACUUCGACGAAGUUAUCCCUGAGUACUUCCGUUGUCGCUGCGGCACGGUUCGAAAGCAGACCCGCCGCAACGGGUUUACCAACCUCAUGCAGCACAUGAGGCGUGAGCAUCCGAACUUCGAGGCCGAGAUGCUUGAGGCCACCACAGCAGAGACGGGGUCAUUGCUGAGCUACGUGCGCCGCUCCUCGCAAAACCUCUACGGGUGGCUAGUCUGGGUUGUCAUGAGCAACCUCCCGCUUGCCUUUUGCGAGAAUCGAACGACACGGCGCUACACGAACUUGGACCCUGUCUGUAUCGAGACGCUGCGUGCCGUACUGGAGGGGGUCUCGCUGGCAGUCGAGAGGUCGAUUGCGGCAGAAAUUCGUCCGCAAUUUGGCCUGAUCCUGGAUGGGUGGAUCCACUUGGGCGAGCACUACCUCGCGGUCUUUGCCCCCUACGAGGUUAACGGUCAGGUAAUGACCCCACUGCUUUGCAUGGCGCCUCUCCUCCAAGAGGAAGACGAUGAUCUCUCUGCUGUGGCACAUAGAGAAUUUCUAGCCAACAUGCUCCCGCGCGACUUUGGUAAGCAGCUGGACCAGUGUGUCUACAUUGUGGGCGACAACUGCCGCGUGAACAGGCGCCUUGCGACUUUGAAAGAACUCGAAGAUCACGAGGCGGAUCUUUCAGAUGUGCAGAGCCUGAUGACCAAGCUUCGAACGCUGGCUCAAUCUGCUAAACUCAGACUCAAAACGAAGCUCCGACCGGUAAUUCGGCAGGACACCCGGUGGAGCUCUACUUUCACCAUGCUGCACCGAUACUUCGAGCUUUUGGAGCACCUAGAUGCCCACGACGAUGACAUUGCAGAUCUUCUCCCCGCCCCAGCCAGUAACCGUCGCCUCCGUGCCCUUCUCAAAGAGCUCAAGGACGUGGAGUCGGUCUCAAAGGCACUUCAAGGGGAGGAUGCGGACCUUCUUGAUGUGCGCGAGUGGUUUGACGGGCUCAUUGCCGUCAAGCCCGACUACGCCAACUAUCUCGGGCCAAGAGCGGACAUCGUCCACAGACCCGACUUCGAGUCGGGUUGUGUGCGUGUGCUACUCGGCAACACCAACCGACUCACCAGGGCUGAGAAAGCCGUACUUCGGGCGUUCGCCGCGAAUAUGACGCGGGAUCCAUCGACUGACGACGACUCUCAAGGCUCCUUCGUGGAGCGUUUGCAGAAACGUAGACGUCUCGCUCAGCACCAGCAGCAGUAUCAACUGCUUCGCAGUAUCCCUCCGCCGUCUAAUGUCGUCUAG